GCACUUCUAGAGAAAAAAAUCACUUUUCAUUUACAAAAAAUGCAAAGGAAUGACCUUCAGAGGGAAGGAUCGGAGGAAAGUACAUUUGAAAACAAAAGUCAAGAUGAAACAGAAGCUUCUUAUCCAAAGAUCAAGGAAAUGAGUAUCACUGCCGGUCACCAGAAAUUACACCAAGGACAAAAACGACCAUCUCGCCAUUUGUAUGGUUCUGUAAAUAUUCCUGAAAAAACAUCAUCCUCAUUAUCUUCUCCUCAUGAUGUACAGAGUAACAGAACAGAACAAAAGAAAGAUAGAGAAACAAUUAAGACAUCAUAUCCUUUAAAUGAUGGAGGUAAGAAAAUGAACAAUAUUUGCAACUGCUCUGAUAUCUUCCAGUUAAAUAAUUCGUUUUAUUAUAUAGUUUUCCAAGUUAUGCUUUUUCCCCUGAUUAUAAAAUCUAUGAUUAAUUUGAUAAAGGAAGACAUAAAAAUUAUUCAUGAUUGUAAAUAUCAGUAUCACACAUUUUUGAGUGAUUGCUGGGUGAAUAGGCCCUUUGGAAUUGGCAAAGAAAGCGUGGGGAAAUUAGACCCUCUGCUGUGGCUGCCUAUAUAUAUUCCCAACAUACUGCCAUUAGGGAGUCCUAGUGCAGAGAAUUCUCCCCAUGAAGGUCUCUACCCUCUAAUGCCAUCUUUUCUCCCCAGACAUAAAAAUACAUCCAGUUUCCCACCUCCCAGGACUGGACUAGAGGUUAGCUAAGUCUCUGUUAGUCUCUGCAAAAGAUUCCCACGCAUAUCCUGCACACUCACCAAGAGCACUAGGACAUCUCCACCUGAGCAGCCCACAAGCACCUCAGAUCCAAUAUGUGGUAAAACCAAAUUCAUCAUCUAGUCACCCCCAAACCCGUUCUCUGCUUCUCCUAAUUUUAUUCAGGCACAAGACCUGAGUCAUCUUUGACUCUUUCCUACUGCUCAUAUUCUACAUCCAAAAGUUGCCACCUUCUGUCCAAUCCACCACCUAAAUUCUCUCAUAAUCUUCCCUUCCUUUCCAUUCGUGCCACCCAUGCCCUUAAGCACUGCAAUAAUUUGCCUCCAAUCUCUUCUUCCUGUUAAUCUAUCCUACAUUUUGCUGUGAAUGUAAUCUUCCUGAAAUACAGCUUUGGACAUAUAAUUCCUCUACCCAAAAGUCCUCGGUGG